AGGGCCGGAGGGAUUCGGGCUUGUUUGGAAGGAGGGGGUGGGACUCAUCCUCCGUUCCUCUUUCAACCUCACCUCAACCCAUUCUUCCCUGCUCUCAAGGGCUUCCCUGGCUUCUGUUCCUGUUGUCCCAUCCGGCCGGGGAGCCUCCUCACUCCCUCCACGUCCGGCAGCAGCACAUCCUCGACGACCUCCUCCACGUCCUCCUCGCUCCUGCCGGGCGGGGAGCAUCUGGGCCUGCUCAACCUGACGAAGGGGGAGGAGCGGACGGCGAGCCUCGCGGAGCUCCGCCGGAAGGCCCGCGAGCAUUCGGCGGCCAUCGCCAUCGCCGACGGCACCGCCGCGACCGGCGGUUCCACCGUCGGGCGACCGAGUCCCGUCGACUGA